UAUAUGUUUUGUCGACAAUUUUGAGUGUGGCUGUGGAAACGUUUUAUGUCCCACCCUGUCUGUCGCGUUGAUGACGUGUACUUUUCAUGAGGUAAACAUUCUGCGCCGCCAGAUGAUACGAAGAUAUCAAGGAUGGGGACCCAAGUAAAAGAUGUAGUGAUCAAGUCUGAUGCCCCCAGUGCUCUACUGUUGGACAAGCAUGCAGACUAUAUUGCUGCCUACGGCUCCAAGAAGGAUGACUAUGAGUACACCCUGUCAGAGUAUCUGCGGAUGUCAGGUAUCUACUGGGGCCUGACGGUGAUGGACUUGAUGGGUCAGCUGACCAGGAUGAACCAACAGGAGAUCUCUGACUUCAUCAAGUCCUGUCAGCACGACUGUGGAGGCGUCAGCGCCAGCAUUGGACACGACCCACACGUCCUCUACACGCUCAGUGCUGUACAGAUCCUCUCGUUGUAUGAUAACGUGAACGUGCUGGACGUGGACAAGGUGGUGGAGUACGUCAGAGGACUGCAGCAGGAGGAUGGCUCGUUCGCUGGAGACAAAUGGGGGGAGAUAGACACACGAUUCUCUUUCUGUGCUGUCGCAACACUCGCAUUGCUGGGUAGGCUGGAUGCCAUUAACAUGGACAAGGCUGUGGAGUUUGUUCUGUCCUGUAUGAAUUUUGAUGGAGGGUUUGGCUGCAGACCAGGAUCAGAGUCUCAUGCCGGACAGAUUUACUGUUGUACAGGGUUCCUGUCUAUAGCAGGUCAGUUACACCAGGUGAAUGCUGACCUGCUGGGCUGGUGGCUCUGUGAGAGACAGCUUCCCUCGGGAGGUCUCAACGGACGCCCUGAGAAACUGCCUGAUGUAUGUUACUCGUGGUGGGUGCUGGCCUCCCUGAAGAUCAUUGGUAGAAUCCACUGGAUAGACAAGUCCAAGCUGAGGUCCUUUAUUUUGGCCUGUCAGGAUGAGGAGACGGGGGGCUUUGCUGACCGACCAGGAGACAUGGUGGACCCAUUCCAUACUCUGUUUGGCGUAGCAGGCCUGUCUCUGCUGGGAGAGGGUCAGAUAAAGGACGUCAAUCCUGUUCUCUGUAUGCCUGAAGACGUGUUGGAGAGGCUAGGCUUGCACCCAGACCUCCUCAGCUAGCUCUUCAGUCAUCUACACACACCAGGGUCGACCUCUCCACCUCCCCACCCUGUACCCCUUCACCUCCCACCCCGCCACCUCCCCACCCUGCACCCCUCCACCCUGCACCCCUCCACCUCCCCGGGACACAGGGCUCAGGAGACGGGUGGUUUAAGGGGGACAGACUAGUGUUGUGUAUAGAGGAAGGCCGUAGUUCCUCCCAAGGACAUUUUAAAGGCUUGAUAGUUUGCUGUCCAGUAAAUUGGUAUGAAGCAUCACAUCCCUUCUCUCUCUUGGGUCCUGGUCCUCAGCUCUACACCUCUUGUCCCUGCAGCUAUAGUCUUUAACAGGUCAUCUAGCAGUAUGUCAUGACAACGUUUACACUGUCUAAUAUUGCACCCUAUUCCCUAAUAUAGUGCACUCGUUCUGACCAGGGCCCAUAGGGGAAAAGGGUGAUAUUUUUGGACACAACCCAGGAAGAACACAUCACUGCUGGUUCUCCACUCCCCUGGUAGUUAAUGUAUUGAUCGUUCACUCCCCUGGUAGUUAAUGUAUUGAUCGUUCACUCCCCUGGUAGUUAAUGUAUUGAUCGUUCACUCCCCUGGUAGUUAAUGUAUUGAUCGUUCACUCCCCUGGUAGUUAAUGUAUUGAUCGUUCACUCCCCUGGUAGUUAAUGUAUUGAUCGUUCACUCCCCUGGUAGUUAAUGUAUUGAUCGUUCACUCCCCUGGUAGUUAAUGUAUUGAUCGUUCACUCCCCUGGUAGUUAAUGUAUUGAUCGUUCACUGCCCUGGUAGUUAAUGUAUUGAUCGUUCACUCCCCUGGUAGUUAAUGUAUUGAUCGUUCACUGCCCUGGUAGUUAAUGUAUUGAUCGUUCACUCCCCUGGUAGUUAAUGUAUUGAUCGUUCACUCCCCUGGUAGUUAAUGUAUUGAUCGUUCACUCCCCUGGUAGUUAAUGUAUUGAUCGUUCACUCCCCUGGUUAGAGGGGAACCAGCAGUGUUGUGGAUCUUCUGCACUUCUUUACAAGACCAACCAAUAAUCCCUGUCUUUUGUGAUGCUAGCAACUGGAGCUACUUACAGCUGGGAACUCACUGACCACAAACCUUGUGUUGGGUUGGAUUGUUUUCUUAAUAUACAGGUAGAACUGCCAAAAUAAAGGAAGCGCUAUACUUGAAGGCAGGUGCUUCCACACAGGUGUGGUUCCUGAGUUAAUUAAGCAAUUAACAUCCCAUCAUGCUUAGGGUCAUGUAUAAAAAUGUCCCAGUUGCCCAUUAUUUUGGCCACCAUGUCUAGAAGAAAAGAUGUCAGUGACUUAGAAAGAGGGGUCUGAAAGGAGCAUAGGGGGUUUAAAGGCUGUGUGUGUCAGUCCACAGAUGUCAGGCCGAGACGCUGCGUUUUCUGCAUCAACAAAACACCAAACAAUGUUAUUUCUCGUGGAAGAAUGGUGGCUCAUUCCUCCAAUAGAGUUCCAGACUCUAGUACAAUCUCUGACGAGGUGCAUUGAACCUGUUCUGAUUGGUGGAGGCCCAACGCCCUAUUAGGACACUUGAUGUUGGUGUUUAUACUUUAUUUUGGCAGUUACCUGUAUAUUGUAAUGAAUUCAGGUGACUAUGCAGCUGCGGGGUUAUAUAGGCCUGUGUAGGGUUAGUGAUUUGGAUCAUCUAAUCCUGUGUAGGGUUGGUGAUUUGGAUCAUCUAAUCCUGUGUAGGGUUAGUGAUUUGGAUAAUCUAAUCCUGUGUAGGGUUGGUGAUUUGGAUCAUCUAAUCCUGUGUAGGGUUGGUGAUUUGGAUCAUCUAAUCCUGUGUAGGGUUGGUGAUUUGGAUCAUCUAAUCCUGUGUAGGGUUGGUGAUUUGGAUCAUCUAAUCCUGUGUAGGGUUGGUGAUUUGGAUCAUCUAAUCCUGUGUAGGGUUGGUGAUUUGGAUCAUCUAAUCCUGUGUAGGGUUGGUGAUUUGGAUCAUCUAAUCCUGUGUAGGGUUGGUGAUUUGGAUCAUCUAAUCCUGUGUAGGGUUGGUGAUUUGGAUCAUCUAAUCCUGUGUAGGGUUGGUGAUUUGGAUCAUCUAAUCCUGUGUAGGGUUGGUGAUUUGGAUCAUCUAAUCCUGUGUAGGGUUGGUGAUUUGGAUCAUCUAAUCCUGUGUGGGGUUGGUGAUUUGGAUCAUCUAAUCCUGUGUAGGGUUGGUGAUUUGGAUCAUCUAAUCCUGUGUAGGGUUGGUGAUUUGGAUAAUAUAAUCCUAGUACACCACCUAGUAGCAUCCAACAUUUUGGCGCUAAACAUUUUAUAUAUCCAAAUCUCAUCCUUCAUGGAGAGUUACUGAAUCGCACUGAGUCAUUCACGUCAUCUUAAUCUGGGAUCCUUAAAUAGUUUUUCCCCCCAGAGGGAGUCUGUGAUUGUGUCCUAAACGGCAACCUAUUCCCUAUCUAGUGAACUCUUUUUGACAAGGGGCCAUAGGACUUUUUUGUCAAGAGUAGUGCGCUAAAUAGGGAAAAGGGUGCCAUUUGAGAAGCACUCUGUAAUAUAGCGAUAAUCACUUUGAACAUAUGCAUUUAUUUCCGAGUUUUUCUUUUGUUUUCUGAGAACCAUAUUGAAUUUGUUGUCAGUGUCAUAUGUGAUGUCAACUUGUUGUGCUGUUGUUACCUAUAAAAAAAAAAGGCUUGGCGUCAAUUCCAUUUAAAUUCAGUCAAUUCAGGAAGUUGACUGAAAUUCACGUUUUUUUUUAAAUGUAUAAUCGAGAAUAGAAUCAUUUUGAGGAGAAUUGGAAUUUCAGUUUACCUCAAGAAUUGACUGAAUUGAAAUGGAAUUGACCCCCAACCCUGUACCUGAAUGAUAUCCACCUGUCCAAAUGUUGAGGACAAUUAAUACAUAUCUGUCUACUCACCUGUAACAACAGUGUUAACUCAUCCUGUAGUAGGCAAUAAAUACAUUGAUUCAACGG